AGAGGAGAAAAGAGACACGUAGGACGGUCGUCUAGUUGAAAACUUUUACUCUUCACUGAUUUCUCUUCUAACAACAUUAAAAUGUCAAACAGAAGGAGAAUUGUCAUCCUGGGAAAAACUGGAAGUGGGAAAAGCAGCCUGGCUAACACCAUAUUUGGAGAUGAAUCAUUCAAGAUCGGCCGCACUGCCAACUCUGAAACUAGUAAAUGUGGAGCCAAAACAAAACCUGUCAAUGAAAGAAAGAUCACUUUGAUCGACACUCCUGGUUUCUUCGACACAAAUCAAUCUGAGGAGGAGCUGAAGUCUGGAAUAGUGAGGUGUAUCACAGAGUGCGCUCCUGGGCCUCAUGCUUUUCUCAUUGUGCUUAAAGUGGAGAGAUUCACAGAGCAUGAGCAGGCUGUCAUCGCUAAAAUAAACCAAUACUUUUCUGAAGAAGUUUACAAGUAUGCGACAGUUCUCUUUACUCAUGGUGACCAGCUCGAGGAAGGACAGACCAUUGAGGACUUUGUCCGUGGUAAUGAGCUUCUGAGUGAUCUGGUGAAGAAGUGCGGAGGCCGCUGCCACGUCGUUGAUAAUAAAUACUGGAAGAACAACCAGCAGGAUGAAUACAGGAACAACCAGUUCCAAGUGAAGGAGCUGCUCAAAACAAUGGAUAAGAUAACUGAGGCAAACAGAGGAAGCUACUACACCAAUGAGAUGCUACAAGUAGUGGAGGAAGAAAUAAAACAGGAGGUGGAGCUCAUUAGACAGUCACCAGGAAACAUGUCAGAGGAAGAGAUCAGAGAGAAGGCUAAAGACAGAGUAUAUGAGAGGCUUUUGAUCAACCUGGCAGGUAUCACAACAGGUGUAUUGUUAGGGGCUGUUUUUGGUGUAGCAGUGAUGGUCAAACUAGUUGUCUUAGUUUUAGCCAAAAUUGCAAAAGGUGUAUCAGCAGCAAUAGCAGAAGCAGGGACAGGAACAGGAGCAGCAGCAGGAGCAGCAGCAUUAGGAGCAGCAGGAGCAGGAGCAGGAGCAGGACCAGGAGCAGGAGCAGGAGCAGGAGAAAUAACCAGAAUCUUUUUUCUGAAACAUGUCAGAGAUAGAGAUCAGAGAGAAGGCUAA